CGGGUUCGAAUACCUGUCCACCGCGUGGCUUUGGUAUCCACCCCUCCUUAGCUGUCUUUUGCCGACAAUCUAGUCAACCUAUCCAUCGUUACUUCGGUUUGCGAUUACCAUGAGCAACGAUAUUAGCCUUUCGAGGGCCUUGGGUGGCCUACGCAUUGCCAAUCCGGACGAUGUCGAUAUCUCACCACACCCACCCGGAGAGGAAGUAGACCAAAUUGAUACUCCACCCGUGUCAACCCAACCCGUCUACGACUCUCGUCCUUCUGAUCACGACUCAUACACCGAACAAAGUAGACCUCCGACGUCCGAUAUGUUAAUGGGCAUACCUAGUACACAAGCCGAUCCUAACAGUCAGAUGUCUGCGUACCCCCAGAAUGGAGGGUUACCGUACACAAACCCCGCCUCUUCCCGUCCUCCCUCCGGCCUUUACAGCGCCACGACAGCAGCAGAGCGUGACCAAGCUGCGAAUUCCUACCAUAUUUUACGGACCGAACCGUCUAGAGCACCCGUGUACAAUGGUCCAAAUAAGGCCGAUUCGAGAGCACCUUCGGAAUACGCGCCAAGCAUUCCCUCUCGUGAGCCGAGUUACCGAGAUCGAUCCUACAAUCAGAACCGCCAGCUUCAGGCCGUCGCUGGGGCUGGGGCUCUUCCCCCUAGAAGGAGUUCGAAAGGCAUGGGUGGUGGCUAUGCCUCGAUUCCUGGCGUACCCGUUGUCCCCGAGCCCCACGGUCUCGCGAUGGACACGCCUGUGUCUAAAAGUAGCGAGGACUGGAAAGACCGAGGCGCCGCUGUAUCGAUACGAAAAGAGGUGGACGCGAAUGGGAAAACUAUCAUGCGACCAGUAAAGAAAGGUGUUCGGGAUUUUUCUUUCGGUCGAAUUUUAGGAGAGGGCUCAUACAGCACGGUGUAUUUCGCCACGGACCGCCAAACCCUGAAAGAGUACGCAAUAAAAGUACUAGAGAAGAAGCAUAUCAUUAAAGAGAGAAAGAUAAAAUAUGUCAACAUUGAGAAAGAUACGCUCAACCGAUUGACGGAACAUCCUGGUAUUGUACGGCUAUACUACACCUUUCAGGAUGAAAACUCUCUUUAUUAUGUCCUAGAUCUUUGCAAUGGCGGCGAGUUGCUGGGCGUUUUGAAAAAAACGGGCACGUUUGACGUGGAGUGCUCCAGGUUCUUUGGCGCCCAAAUAUUAGAUGCUAUCGAGUAUAUGCACUCGCGAGGUGUAAUCCAUAGAGACUUGAAGCCCGAGAAUGUCCUCCUCGACGAUCAGUUGCACGUCAAGAUUACCGAUUUUGGGACGGCAAGGCUGUUAACAGACCCGAGAGCUCCUCAGGCCCCUCCUAGGAUUGAGGACACUGGGACAAGUUCUAGGAGCAAGGACCAGGAUGAUGAUAGUCGUGCAGCGUCGUUCGUAGGCACGGCUGAAUAUGUGAGCCCUGAGUUACUCACCAAUAAAAAUGCCUGCAAGGCGAGUGAUCUAUGGGCAUUUGGCUGCAUUAUCUAUCAACUGCUUGCUGGCCGGCCACCUUUUAAAGCCGGGUCUGAGUACUUGACGUUCCAGAAGAUCGUUAAUCUCGAUUAUGAAUUCCCCACAGGAUUUCCACCUGCCGCGAGGGAUCUGGUCGAACGGUGCCUGGUUUUAGAUCCCGCAAGGCGUCUGACUAUUGAGCACAUCAAAAACCAUGAAUUUUUCGACGGCCAACAAUUCGGUAAAGGCCUGUGGAAAACGAAGGCCCCCCGAUUGCGGCCGUAUGUGCCACCAUCCCAGGAACCGAAGAUCAUACAACUGAAUGGGACACCCAGCAGUCAACAGCCCAACUCCAGGCCACCAACAGGAGGGAAUGGGCUUAAUGGCUCUUCUCGGAAUCCCGGAAGGAUUAUCACGGAUAUCCCCCCACCAUCUCAAUUGGACAUUGAAUGGUCCCCUGUAUUGACAAGAACGAACGAGAGAAUAUUACGACUCGGCGACCUGAUGGUUAUGUCCUCACCAAUUCCAAACAGCCCCCACGGUAAAGGUGAUGAGGGUCAUAGGAAAUUCUCUCGCUUCUUUGGCGGCAGUACGACGAAGAAGAGACAACGAUUAGUAAUGAUCACGUCUAGUGGGCGGAUUGUCCUGGCACCAGCCGGUGGCGAGGAGAAGAAGGCGAAAUUAGAGAUUUCGCUUUUGACACCAGACUGCUCGUGGAAGACCCUGGUCGACGCGAAGGGACAGACAGUUUGGUGUGUCGACUCGGCUGGUAUGCACUAUACCUUUGAAGAUGUGAAACCUUCUUCCUUUGAGACGCCUCGACCCACUGCAGACGAGUGGCUUGAGACUGUACAGCAAGCCAGGGACUUUGCUGCAUCUCUCAACCUCAACCGCUCUUACACAAGUGACAAUGCGUUCGGAGAGAUAUCGUCGUCCAUGUCUAGCCCAGCAAGCACUUUCGGCCCGGAGGGCUAUAAUAUUAACGACAGGUCUCAUCGGAACCAUCUGAGUAAGAGCCAAGCAAGUUUAGAAGAUACGUCUAGUACAAAACGGAAUCGAUUCAGCAAGCGACAAUCCAAACAGGGGUUAGGUUCGGCCUUUUAAAGGGAGCCUACCUACCUACCUACCUACCUACUUAUUUUCACUUUCUUCCGUUCUAUUUUCAUAUGCGGCAUAUUCCAGCGAGGCGUAGGCUUUUGGUGAUAUUUAAAGGGGGUCCAAAUCAUGACACGAAAACACUUGCAUUCUGGGAGUUUCCUUUUCACCAACUAUGCUACUCCAGAUUGGGGCAUGCACUCGGCAUCCCAUUUUAGAUGCAUUAGAAGGACUACAUCGUACACAACCACAC